UUCAUUUUUUCAACUCAUUGUCAUAAACACCAACUGAUCUGCAAUAAACAAAAAUGGCGCCUAAAGUCCUGAGAUUCCCAUCGGAAGAAGCCACCGCCAUUGCUCUAGCUAACUACAUAGCCGAUCUGUCUGCGAAAUCUAUCGCCGCACACGGCUCCUUCUCCGUCGUGCUCUCCGGCGGUACUUUAUUCGAUACCACCAGGAAGUUACUGGAGCCUCCGUAUAUUAAGUCGAUAGAUUGGUCGAAAUGGUUGAUAUUCUUUUUGGAUGAACGUGUUGUUCCUCUUGAUCAUCCUGAUUCAAAUUAUAAGCUUGCUUAUGAUGGAUUUCUCAGUAAGGUACCAAUACCCAAAUCUAACAUCUAUCCCAUCAAAGAAAACCUGUCACCCGAGGAAGCAGCCGAAGAAUACGAGCAGCGACUAAAACAAUUAGUAGCAAACAAUACGCUAAAAACAUCACCAACUACAGGGUUUGCUAAAUUCGAUUUGAUGUUAGUUGGAAUGGGUCCAGACGGGCACGUUGCAUCUCUAUUCUGCUGGCAUUUUCAGCGAUUCGAGAAGCAAAAAUGGGUGACUUUUAUUACAGAUUCACCCAAACCGCCACCUCCUAGAAUCACUUUUACUUUCCCUCUAAUCAAUUCAGCAUCGGAAAUCGCGUUGGUGGUGGUUGGUGAAGAGAAAGCGGAUGCGGUGAAGGUGGCGUUGGGUGAACAUGCUUCGUAUGGUUACCCGUUGCCUGUGCAGAAGGUCUCACCUGAAGGAAAUCUCACAUGGUUUUUGGACAAUGGUGCUACUUCGCGGCUGUAAUUUUGUUUGAUACGAUCUUUGUGUUAGUUGGUAUGGUGUUUGCAUUUUCUCAAGAUCUUUAAGCAUUUUGUUGGUUGAAAUAAAUUGACAUGCGAUUUUCAUUCAAACUCAAAACUGCAGGUUAUUAGAUUAGGAUAUAUCAAGAGAAUUGCUAUGUUUGGUAGCGCGAAUGAUCAAACAUCUGCUGCUUAUUUAGUUAAUUAGAAGUUAAUUGGAUGAUUAAACUGUUGAUUUGAUCAAUGGUGACAUGAAUGAGUAGAUGUAAUUUUAACUUGUUUUAUAUA